CAAGAAUGUUGUUUACGACAUAGUUUGGCCGCCACAGUCAAUUCUCCGACCAGCAGCCAUGUCGACUUACGCGGUCCAAGGAAUCCUCUACUUCUUGGCUCAUCCUAGCCUUUGGCUCACGUUACUAUGCCCCACGAUCAUGACAAUCUUGGUGGCCUUAUGCUCUGUAAUCGGGUUGUUUGCCAUCGCGCUGUACCCCACCGCCGUCCUGUACAAAAAGGCUGGACUUCCCGCGGGCUGGGCGUGGGUGCUGGCUGUGGUGACUGUGCUCGCUGAGAUCUUCCUCACCACGCUCAUCUACUCGUUGACGUGCUCUGGGUGUUUCGUGGACAAGAUCUUUGAAAAGGUAUUGACGAUGCGCGGGCACGGCCGAGUGAUCGAAGAAGCCGAAGUCAAGGCGCGCUGCUGUCGUCAAUGCAAAGCAUGCUGCAACGUCUCGAUUUGGCUCCGUCUGGUGGUGUUGGUGGUGACGUUACCCCUGAAUUUGAUCCCCAUUGUUGGCACUAUGGCAUACGUGUGGCUCAAUGCAAGUCUCAAGGGUUGGGAAGCGCACUUGUACUACUUUGAAAUGAAGGGGUAUCGCUACGAUGAGCAAAAGGCCAUUUUCACCAAGCGGCGCCUCCAGUACACGUCGUUUGGGAUGCAGUGCAUGUAUCUCGAGAUGAUUCCGUUCCUCGGCUUCUUCUUCCUCCUCACCAACGCCAUUGGCGCGGCGCUCUUUGCCGCAGACAUGGAAGAGGAGCUCCUAAAUGGCGACUCUACUGCGAACCCCGACAACGCCGGCCUCUCUGAAGAAAAGGAAAUGUUCAUAUAAUCUCAACCAGCCUAAGGAUAUAAAUGGACAUCCCACGUUUAUAAUGUACUAGUAGGAUCAGCCACAA